CUGCCCUCUGCAGGCCGGUGACGUGUGAUCUGCGCGACGCUGGGCCUGAGAGGGAGAGGAAGAGGAAGAGGAAGAGGGAGAAGAAGCCGCAGCGAUGCCGAAGGUGAAACGGAGCCGCAAGCCGCCGCCCGACGGCUGGGAACUCAUCGAGCCCACCCUGGACGAGCUGGACCAGAAGAUGAGGGAGGCUGAGACAGAGCCCCAUGAAGGAAAGAGGAAGGUGGAAUCAUUGUGGCCCAUCUUCAGACUCCACCAUCAACGCACACGAUACAUAUUUGACCUAUUCUACAAGAGAAAGGCGAUAAGUAGAGAGCUCUAUGAUUAUUGCAUAAGGGAGGGAUACGCUGACAAGAAUCUGAUUGCUAAGUGGAAGAAGCAAGGCUAUGAAAAUCUGUGCUGUCUUCGUUGUAUUCAAACCCGAGACACCAACUUUGGAACAAACUGCAUCUGCCGAGUCCCCAAAAGCAAACUCGAGGUGGGGAGGAUCAUUGAAUGCACACACUGCGGAUGCAGAGGUUGCUCUGGUUAAAUUUUCUUUUUUGGAUGAAGUAGAUAUUAAUCUAUUUGCAAUCAAUGUUAUUUCUAAUCGAGAAUUAUAUGGACCAUGGUAAGAUGGACUGUAAACGCUGUAGCUCACUUCUUUCUUCAUGGAACCAGCUUUCUUUAUGGAACAGAGUGAAUUAAAACUUUUUAAAAACGAAUGUUUGUGAACGUUGUAAACUUUAUAAAGCAACACCGCACCCAACAUUACAUACAGUUUAGUGAAGCACCCGAUUCUGAAGCACCCUGUCACGAUGGUGGAGUAGUUUGUGGUGAUGUAAUGUAAUUGUUGGACUUGUGUAUAACUUAAGUUCGGAAAACAAUAAAUGAUUUAGCCUGCAGA